AUGGAGAACCCUGAGGCAUACCUCACGAUAUAUAUGUCGUGUUCGGUGGAAAAUAUUCCAGCUGACGUUAUCGACAAGGAACAAAUAAACUUGCUGCAAAGGGCCUUCACCAUGUUUGACUCGACAAAAAAGGGCAGAAUAGAAAAAGAAAAGGUCCGCACCAUUUUAACAACUCUAGGACACACGUAUGAUGAUAGCGAACUAGAAGCUCUCUUACAAUCAGAAGACAAAGAAGAAAGUGGUCAUUUGAAUUUUGAGUCGUUUUGUCGAGUUGCAUCCCACUUUUUGGAAAAUGAGGACGAUGAGGCUUUACAGAAAGAACUUAAGGCAGCUUUCAGAUUAUAUGAUAAAGAAGAGCAUAUUUUUACUAUAACUCAAAAGUUAUCAAGGGAGGCUAGUUUUCAAUUGAAAUCCUUGUAUAAAGACUUGAUUUCCGCAGGCAAUGGUUACAUACCCACUUCGAGCUUAAGAGAAAUAUUGGCCGCCUUAGAUGACCAACUCACAACAGAUCAGCUGAACGAGAUGAUAGCUGAAAUCGAUACAGAUUCCUCUGGAACGGUAGAUUUUGAAGGCAAGUGUUGUAGAAUUCAAAGGGGGGUUCCUACUCAUAAAAAUAAUUUAUUAACUUGA